GUUAGCGAUUGUUGGGAAGUGCUGCGGGUUUUGCACAGGUGCAAUGGCAAAUGUCUGCUUCCAGGUGGUGGGAUUCAUCACCGCUGUGGUCGGCUGGUUCAUGGCCUGUGUUGCUAUGGCAAUCCCACAGUGGAAAAUCCGGAAUCUGGAUGGCAGCACCAUUCUGACGGUGCAGGAAGGCUGGGAGGGGAUCUGGAUGAACUGCAUUAAUGAGAGUGGGGGUCUCCUGAGCUGUGAUGUGUAUGACUCAUUACUGGGAUUGCCCUCUGAUCUGCAGGCAGCUAGAGCUCUCAUGUGCCUGGCUGUGGCUCUGGGCAUUUUAGCAAUGGUGGUGUCCUGUGCAGGCAUGGAAUGCACCAAGUUCGCAAAGGAGGAGGAGAGGUUCAAGGCUCUACUGGCUGUGGCCGGAGGGGUUUUCUUCAUCUUGGCAGGAGUGUGCGUCCUGAUUCCAGUCUCCUGGACCGCAGCCAACAUUGUGGCUGACUUCUACAACCCUCUUGUUCCCCGCUCCAUGAAAGCAGAGCUGGGUGACGCUCUGUUCCUGGGAUGGGGAUCAACUUGCGUCCUGGUCCUCGGAGGAAGCAUCCUCUGCUGCUCCUACCCGGCUGACAGUGGGAAGAGUAAAGGGUAUGUGAGGAACCUCACUCAGAUUCAUUCCACAGCUUCAGGAAACAGGAUCAACAUUUGAAGCUGGAGUUUACCAGCUCUGAAACGUGGAUCAGGAUCAGUACCCAGGGACCUGCAAUACUUUUGAGCUGGAGAAUGGUGAAGAUUAAAGAAAAGUCAUCAUCCCAUACCUUAAAAUAAGAAACAAAGUGCU